AUGUCUUCCCAAAAGCAACUUAUUCCCAUGUCUGAUUCCCAAAAGCAACUCAUUCCCAAGCCUAGCAUCAUUUAUGACCGCGACGAGGAAUAUGGUACCUUCUUGAACCAGGACGACAAUGAUAGUUCCAAUGCGCAACGUGAUGACGCGAUUGACCAAACCAAUAUUAUGGGAGGCGACAGAACUCACCACGCGAUGACACAAUUUCAAAGACAAUAUAGUGAGGGAUCUGAUGAGGAUGAUUUGCUAGAUGCCGAAUGA